AUGGAGGAGGUCGCGAAGAAACGGCCAAUAAUCUCGGCUAGAGAAAGAGGCCCGGGCCCUGCACGCUACGCUCUGCCCCCUACAGUUGGAUACAUCAAUCAUGACUUCACUAAGCCCACCAGCCCGGCAUACUCCUUCCAUACCCGUCUGAGCAGCAUCAUGAUCUCUGAGGACUCCAGCCCUGGACCAAGAUAUCACGUUGACGCCAAGGUUACCCGGUUUGGCCGGAUGGAUACACCAUCCUACUCUAUUUUGGGCAGAGGAAGGCGCAUAGAGAGUAAAGAUUAUCUGUCCCAUAGUCCAGGGCCUGGUUCCUAUAGCCCAGAAAAGGCUCCACCUCUCAAUGCCCACCGCAGACCUCCAUCACACACCAUCGGUGCCCGCACCAGAUACCGCUCUGUGGAUGCUGUACCAGCACCCAACAGCUACACGCUUCCUAAUCUGCUGGGCUGCCAGGUUCCCAACAAACCCUCUAGUGCCAGCUACAGCCUCUCAAGCCGGAUGAAGGUUGGAGCNCCUGCUGAAGAUCUCGCGGUGCCUCCUGCACCAGCAAAAUACAACAUCCCCAACCCAGACAUUUACCGCCAGCGCCAGCCGUCCUUCUCCAUGCAGGGCCGGACUAAGAGGCCCAAUUAUUCUUCUGUCAUUCCCGGUCCGGGCACAUACAGCCCAGAGAAAUUUUAUCUGCAUCUCCCCAAAUCCCCAGGCUUCAGUAUGGGUAUCAGACACACUGAGUUCGUGACUCCACUUGUGGUGCAUAUAGCUGACUGA